AUGCGGGGAAUAAAUAGGCCGAUCAACCACCGCCCACCGCACCAGAAGCAAACACCGCCGGCCCGCCAUGGCGCGACUGCCAGACAAGAUUCCGGCGAGCCAAUUCAACGCCGCCCUAUCAUUCAUACAACAUGUCAAAGCCGGCCUCGCGUCCAGUCAGGCAGUCACAGCCAGACCAUCCUCCACCUCCUCGCGUGCUUGGGCAGGGGCAACACCACCGACACCCACGCCGUCCUGGCCAGAGCGGACGCCAUUCCCGACCUCCUCCAGCGCUUCGACGCCUUUCUCGGCCGCCCCAGCCACCACCAAGCUGCCAAGCCCGUCCGUGAGGAUGCCGCCGCCGCGGCGCCGCCGAAGCGGCCCAAGAGGGAGCACCGCCGCACGGUCGACGAGUGCGCCGGGCCCAUGCGGUUCUUGGAGCGGGUGAAGACGGCGGACGCCGGGCUCUACGACAUGCUCCUGGUGCUUCUCUUCAACGUGGAGAUGGAGGGGACGCUGAACGCGCAUCAAAUCUACGGGAAGGCCCUGGAGGUUUUCGGCUCCGCGGACAGCCCUCUCCUCCGCGGUUUCACGGAGUUCCUGCCGCUGCCGACGGACGGGCGUGACUUUCUGACGCGGCGUCGCGCAAGGGAGGAGCCGGAGCAUGGACCGAAGCGCAAGGCCGCCGCCUCCCGCAAGCCGAGCCCGAGCGCGGCGAAGAAACCCCGCGCCGACCACGACCGGAAGACGACGACGGCCUCGAAGAACGGCAGAGUCUCUGCGUUUAGGGACGCGUGGGAGUUCGAGGCCACGUACUCGAAGCUGGCGGUCACGCUGAGACGCACGGAGAAAUCACUGGAGGAACUCAAGCCAAGGAUGGUGGAGUCGCCGGAAGAAGUCGAGCCGGAGCCGGCGCCGGCGCCGGGACGCCAUGGGCGGCCGCGUACGCUGGAGCAGCUCUACCCUCGCCGCGAGUGCCAGGAGGUCCUCCAGGAGAUGUAUGGCGGCAUGUGGGGGCAGAUGCGGGCGGCGCUCGAGGACGGCGCGCGCACCGAGCUGGCGCUGCAGACGAUAUUGCGCAGGCUGAUGAAGCUAGAGCAGGUGGCCGUGAAGAUGGCGAUGGAGCGGCGGGAUCGCGCCCGUGUUGAGGCCCGAGUGAAGACGCUUGUCUUAGAGCGGCGGGCUCGGGAUCGCGCCCACGCCGAGGGCGGGAUGAAGAAGCUUAAUGUAGACUGAUCGACCGUG